AUGGCUAAUGCCAUCAUGUUUCCGGGUACUGGUGGUGGCGGUGCAACAGUUGUUAAGUAUCAAAACAAGAUCAUUUUAGUAGCUGGAGGUGGUGGUGGAAUAUUUCCGGAACAAAUUAUCCAACUGGAGAAACCAGGAAUUAACCCGAAAGGUGGUUACUUGUUCGAGGCUGAUAAAAAUUCACCACUCAAUAAUUUGCAUAACCCAAAGCGAGGAAUCCUAUGGAUGUCUGGAGAUGGCGCACAUCUUAUACAUGCUGGUAAAAAAGAAAAGUGUGAACAAUGUCAUAUGAUGUCCGGACAGUUGAAUAAUGCAUCCUCUUCUGGAGGUGUAUGUCCAUUGGUGUCGGUGUGGAAAGUUUUGGGUGGGUAUGGAGGUGGCGGUGCAUCCUGCGGACCAGGCGGUGGUGGUGGAGCCGGUUAUUAUGGUGGGGAGGGUGGACAAAAAUACCACGGUGUUGGUGGAAAAAGUUUUGCGCAAUACAAAAGUGCUAUCAUUAGACCUGGUAUGAAUAGGGGUAACGGUUACGUACUAAUUCAUCCGUGUCGUUUACGCUGUUCUCCAAAUGCGACUUGUCGUUUUCGCUUGGAUAGUGCCGAUGAAGUUGGCUCUUAUUGUGCCUGUCCAGAUGGUCAAGUAGUCGGCGAGUUACAAGACUGCUUUUCUGAAAAGAAAAAGCAGAUGAAUGCUGGUCGCAAAGAAUCCCUGUUGGUGAUGCUCGUUUUUGCAUUCGUUUUGUGCAUUAUCAUUCUUCUAAGCGCAUUUGGAAGCUUCUGUGUUUAUUUUCGAAGACGAUUAAAAAAGGCAAAAAAAGAGAAAGCGGAACUUAAUCGUGAAAUAGGAAUGUGUGCAUUGACGCCCAGUACACCAAUGAGUAUCUCCGGAAAUCCUAUUUAUGAACCAUUUGGUCCAUGCGCUGAACUUCAACCUAUAUCACAUGCUAACGUUUCUCUAAUAAGAUCUCUUGGACAAGGAGCUUUUGGUGAGGUUUACGAGGGUAAACUAAACUGUGGUACUCAGUUGAUUCCGGUUGCAGUGAAAACUUUACCAAAAUGGGCAUCCAAACAAGCAGUAAACGAUUUUGAAAUGGAAGCACUUAUUAUGAGCAAAUUCCGACACGAAAACAUCUGCGAGCUUAUGGGAGUGUGUUUUGAUGUUACACCGAGACUUAUCAUUCUCGAACUUCUAGCCGGGGGUGAUCUGAAAUCUUUUCUUCGCGAGUGUCGUCCAAAAAAUACAAAAAAUCGGAUUCAAAUGAUAGAUCUGCUGGAUAUGGCUCAAGAUGUUGCCAAAGGAUGUAAAUUUCUUGCUGAUAAUCGUUUUAUUCACCGAGAUAUUGCAGCUAGAAAUUGUUUACUAACAAAAAAGGAAGUGGGACGUGUUGUUAAAAUAGCCGAUUUCGGCAUGGCAAGGGAUAUUUAUAGGCAAGAUUAUUACCGAAAAGGUGGUAAAGCAAUGUUACCAGUGAAAUGGAUGCCACCCGAAGCAUUUCUUGAUGGUAUUUUUACAGUAAAAACUGAUGUCUGGUCAUUCGGCGUAUUAUUGUGGGAAAUUUUUUCUCUUGGAUAUAUGCCAUAUCCGGGGAGAAGCAAUCAGGAAGUUAUGUCUCUAAUUGUGAACGGAGGGCGAUUAGAACCACCGAACGGUAUACCUGAUCAAAUUUACACUUUAAUGUUGGCUUGUUGGAGUACUGCUGAUACUGAUCGACCACAUUUUGAUGACAUCAUUGAAAAUUUGGAUUCUAUGCUUCAAAAUCCACUUAUGCAAAGCAUGCCUUUACCUGUGAUCGUUCAUCGAUUAUCACAACCACAGUCUAGUAAUUCAUCUUUACCGGAUAGUCCUUCGGUUACCGAAACGAUUUCACAAAAUACCUAUUCUCAGAAUACUAUCAAUACAAUAUUGAAUUCAUAUACUGAAGCGGUCCCAUCCAAUGACUGUGAUCCGUUACCCACAAAAGGUGAUGGAGUUAAAUUUAAUGUGUGCACUCCUUAUCAACCACAGUCAUCCGAGCCGUUUUGUGUCCAAGAUGGAACUCAAUCUACGCCACUGUCUCAUUGGGCUAACGGUCAACUACCAAGUGGAAGCACAGAGACAUGUGCUAGCGGUAGCGGUGAACCAGUAAGCAAUUGUAAUGGUCAUGUUUUAUCUACGAUGACACUGCAUGAUGCAGUAGCUGGAUCUCGUAGACCUGUAGUUGAUACGGAUCCUUGCAGUAAUCGUUUGGUUAGUAGUGAUUAUGCUAAUGCGAUACGUACCGAAGCAGUAUCACUACUGGAAAGAAGAUACCCUCCACCAAUGAAGGUACGAAUAUUACCGCCAUCUGUACCCGAUGAUUUCUCAUCUCCCAAUAUGACAAACUCUUUAAGGUUAUCAAACCCAUCAAACGACCAAUCAUUACUUCAGAAUUACAUGAAUCAAAGUCAAAUUUUAUAAACAACGGCUACGAUUCAAAACAAAAAGUCGGACACUUCCUAAAUUUUCUUAAAG